CAAGCUAAAUCAUCGAAAGUGAAUAAAACAAGCAAGAGAAGUGUGGCAAUGAAAAAAGUGGAUGUAUCAGAUGAAAAUAUGACAUCCAAGGAGAUGCUGGAGAAAAUCGCCGAGCUCGAUCACAGUCGGAGUCAGCUGAAGCUUCGAAACACUGAGAUGAGGCACUUGCUCGAUGCAGCAGAUGAUGAGAUGACUGUGCUGCGAUCAGGAAAUGAGGCAUUAAGAAAACAAGUGAAAACGCUGGAGCAGAUGAUCGUAGAUGUCCAGCAUGUGGAAGCGCAGCCUUGCAGGUUGCCACUGGGGGAUGACCUCCAUCUAAAGCAGUCCACUAAAGUUAGGCAACAAGAACUGGUCGGUGACGGUAAGGAACACAAUGCGAUGAUGGAACAAAAUAAGAAUCUGAUUGCAGAGGUUCAGAGGUUCCAAGAGCAAAGAGAAAAGGACAUGAUGAGCUUGAGCAAGUUCAGUGUUGCACUUAAAAACAGUGAGUUUAGAACAGAAGAGGCUCAGAUAGGACUGCAGCAAAGGGACGAGGUUAUUCAACAGAAUAAGUUGCAAUUAAAGCAAGCGGAGGAAACAAUCGAGGAGUAUUCCACCAUCAUCAAGGAUCUCAGGCUGACAAACCAGGAGCUGAGGACUCAGUUAGAGGACACAGAGAAUGAGGCCUCGCUAGCUACUCUCAGUGAUUUCCUGGGAGAAAAGCAGGCAUUGCCUAUUUCCAGGAUGUCUUUUGCAGAGGAGGUCAAGCUUCUAGCUGAAAUUAAAAAAGAGGAAAAUGAAGCAGAGGAACCGACCAGUCCUCCAAUCUACCACCAAACAAGCAGGAUGUCUCGAUCCACGAGACACACAACGAGGCAAAGGGCGCCCGCUGGUGGCACCGUGGCGUUUUCACUGAAGUCACCAAGGAGCCGGCGGAUGGUGCGACCGGACGGGUUGACCCGAAUUCCUUGCAUCUGGGCGGUGUGCUUGCGUUGCCGAUGA